GUGUCUGCUCUUCGUCUCCGCGAAAUCACAGACCCAACCAGCUCUCCCUCCGCCACAAAAGAAGAGAACCCCUACCACCACCUCCGCAUCACAGUAACCAGCGGUGGAUGCCAUGGCUUCCAAUAUAUGAUGUCCUUGGAAGGAGCCUCUAAGAUCGACCCAGAAGAAGAUACAAUCUUCGAAGGAGAGCCUGACGCCUCGGGGGCAGCAGCAGAGUCAGCUGGUGAUGCUAAGGUGGUGAUGGAUGAGCCGUCGCUCGAACUGCUGCAUGGCAGCACUGUGGACUACACCACUGAGUUGAUCGGAAGCCAGUUCAAGAUCGUUGAUAACCCCCGUGCCACAAGCAAUUGCGGCUGCGGCACCAGCUUUGACGUUAGUGAUUGA